AAGUAACGACUUAUAAAAUAUUUGCAAUUUGCGUUAUGUCUGCUUGUUAAAUCAUUGCUAAACCUAUCGUAUCAUUUAAGCAAUUCGCACAUUCGAUCCUCUUUCAAUCUAUCGAAAAACAUAACAGAUGUUCCUGUCUCAGUGUGCGCUUCGUAUGUAUUUAUCAUCUUCAUUACGACAUCUGACAACUACUCGUGGUUCUUGUUCGAAAUUAUUCGUUGGAGGGCUUAGCUACGACACUAAUGAACCUGUCUUGAAGAAUGAGUUUGAAAAGUACGGCGAAGUUUUACAUGUGAGGGUCAUAUGCGAUCACAAGAGCGGGAAAUCAAAAGGUUAUGGAUUUGUGGUGUUUGAUUCAGAAGAAGCAGCUGCAACUGCCUUAGCUUCCAUGGACAAUCAGGUUUGUACAGAGAAUUUCACUCUUAACAAAACCUUUUUACUACAAAACUUCAUGAUGACUUUGAUUUUAUCUGUCGUAUGUUCAGUUACUCGAAGGCAGACACAUCAGAGUCGAAUAUGCUCAACCCAAAGGAGGUUUACAUCAGAAUGAGAACUGAUAUCUCAAUUUCUAAACUCAACUGAAAUUUCUGAUCUGUAGGUGAAGCACCAAAAACUCAAGACACUGCAUUUACUCUUUCGAAUUGUAACAGUGUGCAACUCAAAGUUAGUUUUUGGUGUAGAGACUCAAGUCGUUUUGUAAUUUGUACUGACACUAUAUGUUAUCGUCAAGGUUUAUUCAUAUUUGUUUGUUGGUGCUUCUUCUA